AUGUGGAACUACCUGUACUUGCUGCCGGUCUUCCUAGCUCUAUGGGCUGUCGCUGGCAUCUGGAUUGUACACUUCCUGUAUCCCUCCCAUCUCAGCUUUGCAAUUGCCGUGGCUAACAGGACUGUGGACCUCGAGAAAGGCUUCCCCUUUAUCAGUAAAUGUGGGUCUUACGCUCCCCAGAGCUGCAUUUUCGGCCAAGUCCUCAAUACAGGAGCUGCUCUAGCUGCUUGGAUCUGCAUUGUGCGUUAUCAUCAACUCCGGGACUGGGGAGUCAAAACGUGGCAAAACCAGUUGAUUCUGUGGACCGGGCUCCUCUGUGCCCUGGGAACCUCCAUAGUAGGCAAUUUCCAGGAGAACAACCAGAAGGCCACACACCUGGUAGGGGCCUUUCUGGCCUUCAUCCUGGGCAACCUGUACUUCUGGCUACAGUUCUUUCUGUCCUGGUGGAUGAAGGGCCUGCCCGACCCCGGGCCCCGCUGGAUUAGGUGUCUACGCCAGAGCUUCUGUGUACUCUCCACCAUCCUCAUCGUGGCCAUGAUCAUCCUGUACUCUCAGCGGAUGCGAUCUGCCUCGGCUGCCUGCGAGUGGGCAGUGGCCAUGCUGCUCUUCAUCCUCUUCGGUCUCUUCGCCGUGGACUUCUCCAGCUUGCGUGGAUGCACCCUGCAGUUACAGCCCCACCCGGACUCCAGCCUCCCACAGGCUCCUCCAAACACACAGAUGUCACAGGUGCUCUGACUAGGGCCCAGAUGAUGGGUGGAGGAAGAAAGACCGGGCCAGGCCGGGCUCACGCAACCAGGCCCCGGGGGCUGAGGUUGUGGACAGCCAGAUGGAUGUGUAGCGGAGUGGGCCUGUGCACGCCACUCAGAGAGGCCGCAUCUUGGUACCCGCCUGUCCCCGUGAUCAGAAGACGCACCCCAGGAAUUGAGAGGCGAAGGCCAGCCGGCUCUCCCUGAUCAAGGCUAUUUAUUAAUUUUGUUGUUGUUGUUGUUGCCGCCGGCGGAAUCAGACACAGACGCAGGCAGGAUCACGCGAAACCAGAAUUCCUUCCGGGAGAGCAAAUCCGUACAGAAGGUCGUAGUAGGGGAAGGAAGGAGGACCUGGUGGGGAGCGGGGGCCCAGGAAGGGGAGCGGGGGCCGGGGAUGACACAGAGACAGAGGGCCCUGUCCGGAUCUGCUAAGCCACCCCCAACCAGCUCCCAUCCCUCCCCCACCCCACCCGCAGA